ACACUUUCCACACCUCCACAACUUCCUUUUGCAGCACACACAGUGACCCUUCGUCUCUCGUUCUACAAAGCCCCCCCUCCUUCUCGCUCCUCCCACGCUCCCAAGCAUUCUUAUGCCUUGUUUCCACUCAACCUCUUCUGAUCCUCCGCACUUUUUUCGUAAACACUUUCAUUGUUUAGCCGUUUCCUCCUGAACGAAGGAAUUCUGCUAAAUCGACCCGAGCUCUAUUGCUUCUAUCCCCCCCACGUUUUGCCCAAGACGUCGCUUUCACCAGAUAUUCGUAUCCUCUCCCGCAGACUCGACACUAUAUCUUAACUCGACAAUCCAUCUGAAUCCUAUUCACCAUGGCUAAUCUCAACAUCGGCGGUCAAAGCGACGAUGCUUUUUACCGCUACAAGAUGCCCAAGUUGAUCUCAAAGAUCGAAGGCAAAGGAAACGGAAUCAAGACCGUCAUCCCUAACAUGUCGGACAUUGCUCGUGCACUCAACCGCCCCAGUACCUAUCCCACCAAGUAUUUUGGAUGUGAACUUGGUGCGCAGGUCAAGUGCGACGAAAAGACUGACCGCUACAUCGUCAAUGGCGCCCAUGAUGCCACCAAGCUUCAGCAGCUUCUGAACGGCUUUAUCUCAAAGUUUGUUCUCUGCCCUUCGUGUGGCAACCCCGAGACGGACAUCAUCGUGGACAAGACCGGCACCAUCCAGAUGUACUGUAAUGCCUGCGGCCGUCGCAACAAGGGCGAGAACAUCCAUAAAUUGGCAACAUACAUCGUCAAGAACCCUCCUGUCAACAGCGCCUACGGAAAGAAGAGCAAGGGGGACAAGGCGGACAAGAAGAGCAAGAAGAACGGCGCCUCGACCCCACCUGAAGAGGAGGAGGAGAUUCCGGAUGAUGAUUUCACCAAGAAGAUCAAGGAGGAGGCUGCUGCUAUCCCUGAUGCUGAUAACUACAAGUCGGCUUUGGGCGAUGACUGGUCCGUCGACACCUCCGCUGAGGGUGCUGCUGCCCGCAUGAAGGAGUUGGAGGGCAGCGUCAAGACCCAGCUCACCUUGGAUGAUGAUGAUGAGGACAUCGAAGGUGAGAACCCCUAUGAGUUGUUCGGUAUCUUCUUGGAAGAGAACCCUAAGGCUACGGACGCUGAGAUCUUGGAGAAGGCUGGCGAGCUCAACAUCACCACCAAGUCGCGCGCUGUCACUGUCUUGGUUCAAUGCAUCUUUACUGAUGACAUGGCUCGCGAGGUCAAGACUCGCACUUCUCUCUUGCGCAAGUUUGUUGUCAAUGAGAAAAACCAGAGAGCUUUGCUCGGAGGCAUGGAGCGCGUCUUGAUCACCUCCAAGAGCUUGAUGCUCAAGGCUCCUUUGGUCUUGAAGGCGUUCUACGACAACGACAUCCUCGACGAGGACGUCAUUCUGAAGUGGGGCGAGAAGCCCAGUAAGAAGUAUGUCAGCCGUGAGGAGGCCAAGGACGUUCGCACCCGCGUCGAGCCUUUUCUUAAGUGGCUGGCGGAGGCUGAUGAGGAGGACAGCGAUGAGGAUAGCGAUGAGGAGUAAGGAUGUUUGUCAACGCCUUUGCUCGAUUGCAUCACCCUUGCGGCUCUGAAUGACCACUGCAGCAUACUCGGAUGGCCUUGCAAGGAAGCAUUCAUUAUUUUUUUCUUUUUUCUUUCCUUUUUUUGCUGAUACUUUUCUACUCUCAGUGCUUACUUGAAUACGUCUGUGUCUUAUUUGAAGCAAUAUCCAGCAAUCUCAAUAGCGUCCGUACUUUGUAGUACCACCAAUAAACGCUCAAACAUUCUGUGAAGCAUCAA